AUGGUCGACAGGUCCGAAAACGCUCAUCCAAGAAAACGCCGAGGAGGCACCAGACAAACACAGGAUAGCAUCGACAGUGAGCCAAAUGCCAUUCUUAUAUACACAGAUGGAGGCAGCUUCAACGGCCGCGAGGGCACUGCAGUAGUAUGCACCGCCAACCAGACCCAGAAAGCCUAUGUGUGA